GUUCAGACGCACAGUGCGCUCUGGAGGGGAGGGACGCGCUGCUCUGCUCUGCUCUGCGCUGCCAGGACACUCUGCACAACACGGGGGGAAACCAGCCUCGAUCCGAGUGUUUUAGGACCGAGAGAAGAAGAAAAAAAGUCUGAAUCGAAGGAUAUUAAAUCUGUUUGUUUUCUGUUUCUUUGUUAGGAGUUUUUGGCUGUGCGCAUUCCGGUGCCAUGCGUCUCGACUCGCUCUAUUGGACUCAAUGGUUUUGAACUCUGAGCGUCACGUUUGUGGACCCUUCAGCUGGGAUGUAGCGGAGGACAAACCCACCUAAACCCGCUUCACGCCCGCUUUUUCCACCGAGCAGGAAUAAAGUGUCGUUUUUUUUUAGCGUUUUUGUGCAACAAACACUCCUGUGAAAGUGCUGACUUUUCUUUUUUUAUGGUGGGUUGCCAGAUGAUGACCCCCAUCCGGAGGCCAUAGCUGACCCCUCUGUUCCCUCCACAUCACUGCCCCUCACCCCAAUGAUGACUAUGAGCUCUAUACCGGACACUUUGGUCCCGACUGAUCCCUCCAAAUCGGCGUUUCUGGAGUUCGGCGGCCACGGCUACCCCGGACACCCCGGACACCAGCAGCCUUCCCCGGGCUUGUCCCACAACCACUACCCGGUCCACGGCCUGCACGCCGUCGGGCCCUCGCAGCACGACGGGCCCUUCUCCUCCGGUGCAUCCUCGUACGGACGCCCGCUGGGGUACCCGCCCUACCACAGUCCCGUGAGCGCGCACCACCCCGGGGCGUACCUGCCCUACCAGCACGGGGGUCACAGCGGCGCGCUUGGACACACCAGACUGGAGGAUGCGGAGCACGAGAAGCCCACGGCGGUGAUCGAGAACGGGGAGGUGAGGCUGAACGGGAAGGGGAAGAAGAUCAGGAAGCCUCGCACCAUCUACUCCAGCCUGCAGCUCCAGGCCCUCAACCAGCGCUUCCAGCAAACCCAGUACCUCGCCCUGCCUGAGAGGGCUGACCUGGCCGCCAAACUGGGCCUGACGCAGACCCAGGUGAAAAUAUGGUUCCAAAACAAGCGAUCCAAAUAUAAGAAGAUCAUGAAGAACGGGCCCUGUGGACCAGAGGGGGACCACCUCGCUCCCCCACCGCCGUCCUCCUCCUCGCCGUGCUCCCUGUGGGACAUCAGCAUGGCCGCCAAAGGCACGCCGGUGCACUCGGGAGGGUACAUGAACAAUUUUGGACACUGGUACCCCGGACACCAGCAGGACUCCAUGCCGAGAACUCAGAUGAUGUGACAGAAAGGAGGGCGCCAAACUUCCGGGACAAUUUACGGAUUUAUACAAGCGAGCUGAACUGGAGCUAUGAGGGACAAGGACAUUUUAGAGUCUGAGCUGCUCUGGAGGCAAAAAUAAUAAAAUCAUCAGUUGUAGUAAAUAGAUAUAGCAGCUACAAAACUGCUAACAUAACUGAAAAAUUAUAAAUUAUACUGCUAAAACUGCGGGCUGCACAGUGGCUUGGUGGUUAACACUUUCACCUUGCAGCUAGAACAUUCCUGGUUUGCAUCCCGGCCUUCCCAGGUUCUUUCUGCAUAGAGUUUGCAUGUUCUCCCUGUACAUGUGUGGGUUUUCUCCGGGUUCUCCGGCUUCCUCCCACAGUCCAAAAACAUGCUGAGGUUAAUUAAUGAUUUUAAAUUGUCCGUAGGUGUGCAUGUGAGUGUGAUUGCCUGUCUGUACAUGUAGCCCUGUGACAGACUGUUACCUGUCCAGGUGUCCCCUACCUUCACCCUAAGUCAGCUGGGAUAGACUCCAGUCUCCCUGUUACCCUAGUGAUGAUUCAACGGUGUAUAGAUGAUGGAUGGAUGGGACUUAAACUGUCCUCCAAUUCUGGAACGACCCAAUGGGAUGGAUGGAUGGAUGGAUGGAUGGAUGGAUGGAUGGAUGGAUGGAUGGACAGCUGCUAGGACCAUUGCAUUUUGAAACAAAUGGAAUUCAUUGAGUUUUAACCAUUUGCAAAUUUCAACAUCAGGACGUAAGCAUAAAAACUACAACAUGUUAGCUGCAAUUGCAGCAUUUUAAAAUAAACUUGUAAGACUUUUUAUUGUAUUUACAUACAUAUAUCAGCUAUAUCCAACAUAUCAACAAAAUGACUCAUAUCAGAUUUGAUUAAGGGGAUAUAAAUGGCAGCAAACAGGGCAGUGGCUGAGAUGUGAGCUCCUAGUGACACAUACAGCCAAAUUAAACUAAGAAAGAUAUAACUUAGAGUUUGCAUAGUUAGUCUAAUAAACUUACAAACAUCACGGAGUCAUCCUGUGUGGAGCUUUUUAACACUGGUUAACUUGCCUUCAUUGCAAUGUCCUGACUUUCACAUAAAGAAGUAGAUUUAAGAAAAUAAAUCCGACUUCUUUAAUUAAGAAUUAAGCCGAAUCGUUGUACUUCUGCUGAACGCCAACGUCACAGUUAAAUGCUAAAUGUUGUUCUAUAUCAUUCAACUGUUCAUUUGUAAGGAGGAACAAUGCUUCAAAUAACAAUAACAUCGCCAAAAUAAAAGUGUUAUUUCUGCCUCCAGAGCGGCUCGGCCUGCCGAGAUAUUUUUGAUAAAGCUACAGCUGACGCUACGACUCAAAGCUAAUGCCAUCUCCUGAUUCUGGACACUUCGGGAGGUUUUGGUUUGUUUGUUUGUUUAUUAGUGUUUUUUGUGGGCAGGUACACGUGUAAAAAAGAAAAAAAGUUUCUUCAGGGCUUCCUCAUGUGUUUUUUUAAUAAACUGUACUGAUUCGGUGAACCUUCUGGUUUGCUGAUGUUAAAGACAGACCAGAUUAAAGAACUAAAUAAAAGAAAGUUCUUGUGA